GUCAGGGGGACAGAAGGCAGAAUGAUGAUCUUAUUGUUAGCUCUUCUGGGUGCUGCAGCUGCAGCACCUCUGGAUGAUAAGAUUGUUGGGGGUUAUGAGUGUAAGCCCCACUCUCAGCCUUGGCAGGCCACACUGAAUACUGGAUAUCAUUUCUGCGGUGGCUCUUUAAUCCGUGACCAGUGGGUUAUCUCUGCUGCUCACUGCUGGGUGAGUCCUUAUGCUCAGAUUGUAAUCCUGGGUGAACACCACAUCUGGGAGUUCGAGGGCACAGAGCAGUACAUGGCAGUGGAUGCCAUCUACUGGCACCAGAGCUAUGACUACCAGACGCUUGACUUCGACAUCAUGCUGAUGAAGCUGGCUCACCCUGUCACUGUAAAUCAAUUUGUCAAGCCAGUUGCUCUGCCCUCAAGGUGCCCCACUCCUGGAGAAAUGUGUGUGGUGUCUGGCUGGGGUAACAUCUACUCAGAUUCAGUGUUCAACCCAUUCAACCUCCAGUGUCUAGACAUUCCCAUCAUCUCUCAUGAGGUAUGUGAGAGGUCCUACCCUGGACAGAUCACAAACAACAUGGUGUGUGCUGGAUACCUGGAGGGAGGCAAGGAUUCCUGUCAGGGUGACUCUGGUGGUCCUCUGGUGUGUAGUGGUGCACUGCAGGGUAUUGUGUCAUGGGGUUAUGGCUGUGCUCAGCCGAACUACCCUGGUGUCUAUACUAAAGUCUGUUCUCUGCUUCCUUGGAUCAAUGAAAUCCUUAGCAGUUACUAGAACACUGGACUUACAACAAACGCCUUUGUAUAAGUAAUAUUUUCCACACAUAUUUUACACAAUACAUUCUGGUAACAGAAGAAAAUAAAAAAAGGAAUGAGAAAUA